AAGUCUCUCUCUCUCUCUCUCUCUCUCUCUCUAACGAGUACGUUACCAUUAUGGAAUACUUGAAUGAAGAUUAUGAAGAGCCCGUGAGUCCUGCAGGACGAUACUUCAACAGCUCGGUGAUAUGUUCGUAUUGUUUUGGGUUUUUAGAAUCAGAAGUUCCAAUUGAUGACUCUCCAACUAUGUAUUUGCUUCAACAUGUGUUCCUCCCUAUUAACCCUCGUUUCUCCUGUAUCAUGGUUAAAGACGAAGAUGGGAAUAUGAUAUGGAAGCGUGUUGAGGUGAGGCCUGAAGAACAUGUGAAGGUGCCAAUAUUUCCUGAGAGUGAUUCAGGAUUGUAUGAUCAGUAUUUUAGUGACUAUGUUUCAAGGAUUCUCACAGAGAAGACGCCAAGCAACAAACCACUAUGGGAAUUUCAUGUGAUUAAGUAUCCAACGAGCAAGGCUUGUGGAACUCUCAUCAUGAAAAUUCAUCAUUCACUUGGAGAUGGCUACUCUCUCAUGGGAGCUCUUCUUUCUUGUCUUCAUAGAGCCGAUGAUCCUUCUAUUCCAUUAUCUUUUCCUUCACGAAAACCAUCUUCAGAACCUGUACAAUCUCACAGAAAGAACUUCUUUCAGAGGCUGAUCUCAGCUAUUUCCUCCUCUUUCAUCUCCAUAUCAGACUUUGGUUGGAGCUUGAUAAAAUCUGGAAUGAUUCCAGAUGACAUUACACCCAUAAGGUCUGGAUUUGAAGGAACUGAGUCUCAGCCUUUUGGCUUAUCAGACAUAUCAUUCCCUCUUGACAGUUUCAAAGAAAUCAAGUCAAGGCUUGGAGUGACAACAAAUGAUGUGAUUGCUGGGAUGAUCUUCUGUGGGAUAAGGCAGUACAUGCAAGAGAUGAAGAGCAAGGCAGGGAAAGCAAAUUCCACAGCAGUGGUGAUGUUCAAUACCAGGGAGGCUGAAGGUUAUAGUUCAGUGAAGGACAUGCUGGAUCCCAAUUCCAAGGGUCGCUGGGGGAAUCAAAUUGCCUUGUUACAAAUUCCAAUUCCUAAGAUGAACCAAGCCAGGAUUUCCAACCCCCUUGAAUUUGUUUGGAAAGCCCACAGAUUGAUUCAGAAGAAGAGGAAAUCCUUCGGUGUUUUUCUCCUUGGAUGGCUCCUAGAUUUGGAGAUGAAAUUAAGAGGGCACGAGGCAGUAGCAAAACGAAUAUACAGCACACUUGAGAAUUCAAGUAUGGUAAUCUCCAGCUUAAACGGGCCUUUGGAACAGAUGGCUCUUGCAAAUCAUCGCGUUAAUUGGGCUAGCUUUCAAUUGACGGGGACGGCUAAGGAUAAAGGAACUUUUCUAUUAUUGACCUUCUCAUAUCAGUUUGGUGGCAUGGAAGUAGGAGUGAGAAGUGGGAUUGGGGCGGGAACUGAAAAUUUGGGCCGUUUGAUAUGUGGGGACCCAAUUCUGUGUGGAACGGGGUUCCAUACCCAAGCCCAAGGAACUGGGUUCCAGUUUCAUGGAACUGAAGAAUGA